AUGGAGGCCAUCCUCGACUCCUCCAAGGAUCUCGACAUCGGUCUGCUCGACCAGGUCGUCACGACGUUCUACACGGGCGUUGGAGCACAGCAGCAGCAGGCCCAGCAGGUCCUCACGCAGUUCCAGGAGAACCCCGAAUCAUGGCAACGGGUCCCCGCUAUUCUCGAGUCCUCGGGGAACAUCAACACCAAGUUCAUCGCUUUGCAGAUCCUCGAGAAGCUUAUUCAGACCAGAUGGAAGACUCUUCCGGCCGAGCAGCAGGGCGGCAUCCGCAACUUCAUCGUCCAGGUUACCGUCGACGUUUCGAGCGAUGAAACGCGUAUGCGCCGCGAGAAGAGCUACCUCAACAAGCUCAACCUCGUCCUCAUCCUCAAGCAAGCCUGGCCUGCGGACUGGCCUUCGUUCAUCCCAGAAAUUACCGCGUCGUCACGUGGUAAUUUAUCGCUAUGCGAGAACAACAUGGUCAUUCUCAAGCUUCUGUCCGAGGAAAUCUUCGACUACUCUGCCGAGCAGAUGACCCAGGCCAAGACCAAACAGCUCAAGCAGACCAUGUGCGGCGAGUUCUCGGACAUCUUCACCCUCUGCAAUGAGGUGCUUGAGAAGGCCAACAAGCCAAGCCUUAUCAAGGCCACGCUCGAGACUUUGUUGCGAUUCCUCAACUGGAUCCCGCUCGGCUACAUCUUCGAGACCCAGAUCAUCGACUUCCUGGUGACCAGGUUCCUCGAGGUGCCCGAGUUCCGUAACGUCACGCUCAAGUGCUUGAGCGAGAUAGGCGGACUAAAUGUCGGCCCGGAAUACAACUCUAAGUUCGUCAUCCUCUUCCAGAUGGUCAUGACCAGCGUCAACCGCAUGGUCCCACCAAGCACUGACCUGGCUGCUGCAUACGCGUCGUCAGACGACGAGGACCAGCAGCUCAUCAAGAACCUCGCCCUCUUCCUCACCAACUUCCUCAACCCUCAUUUGCGCUUGAUCGAGACGCCCGAGUCUAACGAGCUGCUCAUCAACGCCCACCUCUACCUCAUAAAGAUUUCGACUGUCGACGACCGUGAAGUCUUCAAAAUCUGUCUCGAGUACUGGGGCAAGCUUGUCGCCGAGCUCUACGAGGAGAUUCAAUCGCUUCCCAUGGGUGACAUCAACCCGCUCAUGAACCUCAACCUCGGUGGGAUGGGCGGCGUCAACGGACCGCAGUCGGUUGGGCUUAACGGUGCUCCGUUGCGAAAGAACACGUACGCCGAGAUCCUCUCCAACCUCCGCUUAGUCAUGAUCGAGAAGAUGGUCAAGCCCGAGGAGGUUCUUAUCGUUGAGAACGAGGAGGGAGAGAUCGUCCGCGAGUUCAUGAAGGAGAGCGACACGAUCGUGCUGUACAAGAGCAUGCGCGAGGUGCUCGUGUACCUCACUCACCUGGACGUUCAGGACACGGAGCAGAUCAUGACAGACAAGCUCGCCAAGCAGAUAGACGGCUCGGAAUGGUCGUGGAACAACCUCAACACGCUCUGCUGGGCUAUCGGUUCUAUCUCUGGUGCGAUGAACGAGGAAACCGAGAAGCGCUUCCUCGUCACCGUCAUCAAGGACCUUCUCGGCUUGACGGAGAUGAAGCGUGGCAAGGACAACAAGGCCGUCUGCGCGUCCGACAUCAUGUACAUUGUCGGCCAGUACCCACGUUUCCUCAAGGCCCACUGGAAGUUCCUGAAGACCGUCGUCAACAAGCUCUUUGAGUUCAUGCACGAGACCCACGAGGGCGUGCAAGACAUGGCUUGCGACACGUUCAUCAAGAUCGCGCAGAAGUGCCGCCGUCACUUCGUAAUGCAGCAGGCGGGCGAGCACGAGCCGUUCAUCGACGAGAUUCUGCGCACCUUGCACAGGAUCACCGUUGACCUGCAGCCCCAGCAGGUCCACACAUUCUACGAGGCGGUCGGCUACAUGAUCUCGGCGCAACCCAACAAGCCGACGCAGGAGCGCUUGAUCGAGAAGCUCAUGGAGCUGCCCAACAACGCCUGGGACAACCUCAUGCAGCAGGCCGCCAGCAACGUCGACGUCCUUGGCAAUCCCGAGAAUGUCAAGAUCAUGUCCAACAUCCUCAAGACCAACGUCUCGGCGUGCACGUCGAUUGGCUCGUUCUUCCUCCCGCAGCUUGGUCGUAUCUGGCUGGACAUGCUUGGCCUCUACAAGGCCGUCUCAGGCAUCAUCUCGGAGGAGGUCUCACGCAUGGGCCUCGUCGCCACCAAGACCCCCAAGGUCCGCUCGCUCCGCACGAUCAAGAAGGAGAUUCUCAAGCUCGUCGAGACGUAUGUCAGAAAGGCGGAGGACCUUGAUGGCGUCAAACAGAACCUCAUCCCUGGCCUCCUGGACGCCAUCCUCGGCGACUACAACCGCAACGUGCCAGCAGCGCGUGACGCUGAGGUCCUCAACGUCAUGGCUACGAUCGUGUCCAAGCUCAGCAACCUCCUCGUCCUCCAGAUUGCACCCAUCCUCGACGCCGUGUUUGAGCCUACGCUCGACAUGAUCAACAAGGACUUUGCCGAGUACCCUGAGCACCGUGUUGGCUUCUUCAAGCUCUUGCGCGCGAUCAACCUGACCUGCUUCCCUGCGCUCCUCAAGCUGCCACCACAACAGUUCAAGCUUGUCAUGGACUCGGUUGUCUGGGCGUUCAAGCACACAAUGCGCGACAUUGCGGACACUGGCCUGAGCAUCGCCUUUGAGAUUGUCAACAACUUUGCUGCAUCGACCCCCGAUAUCUCGGGUCUGUUCUACCAGCAGUACCUGUUGUCGCUGCUGGGCGACGUCUUCUACGUCCUCACCGAUGCCGACCACAAGAGUGGUUUCAAGAUGCAGACGAUUUUGCUCGCGCGUCUCAUCUCGCUCGUCGAGACUGGCGGCGUUCAGGCACCACUGUUCAACCCUGCCGAGCAUGACCAGGGCAUGACCAACGUCGUCUUCCUCAAGGGCUACAUUGCGAACUUGCUCACGAACGCGUUUGGACACAUUCAGCCGACGCAGAUCACCGGGUUCGUCAACCAGAUGUUCGACAACGCGGCCGACCCAGCCAAGUUCAAGCUUACUCUGCGCGACUUCCUCAUCUCACUGAAGGAGUUCAGCGGUGCAGACAGCGCCGACCUCUUCAUCGACGAGAAGGAGGCCGAGGCGGAGCGCAAGGCGGUGGCCGAGCGCGAGAGCGCGCUCCGUGUUCCCGGUAUGCUCAAACCGUCGCAGAUCGACGACGACGCCGACUUGUGA